UUAGGUGGUGGCCCCGUUGCUGUCACCAUCCCGGCCUCUCCCUUCAUGCAGAAGCUUGGCUAUGGCACUGGGGUCAACGUCUACUUGAUGAAGAGAUCUCCUCGAGGUUUGUCUCGUUCUCCUUGGGCUGUGAAGAAAAUCAAUUCCAAAUGCAACAGCAGGCAGCAAAACAUCUACCAGCAGAGACUCAACGAAGAGGCCAAGAUCUUGAGAAACCUCCAACACCCCAACAUCGUGGGUUACCGCGCGUUCACCGAGGCCAACGAUGGCAGCAUGUGUCUGGCCAUGGAGUUUGGAGGAGAAAAAUCACUCAAUGAUUUAAUUGAAGAAAGAAACGCAGAACGGUUGGGACCUUUCCCUGCUGCCACCAUUUUCAAAGUCGCCUUGAGCAUGGCAAGGGGGCUCAAG